AAACUAGUUGAGCAUGGUCAUUUUAUAUGCUAGCUUAAUUGCACGCGUAUUUUUCUGAUUUCAGGUGCAAUACGACAUAACUUAAGUCCCCUCCCACUACCAUGAUCGGAAAACAGCGCAUUUUGCGGACCAGUGCGUUAGGUCUACUUUUGGCCACCUUCAGUCUUUUCUCGGUUGUUUACAUGGAGCAGAUCGAACGUUGGAUGCUCGAGUGGUUAAUGGUUCUGAAGCCCGGAACUCUGAUUAGCAGCCUGUGGGAGUCCCCCUCCAUGGACAUAAACGUGGAUCUGUAUAUUUUCAAUUGGACAAACUCAGAGAGCAUAGGCGAUCCUACGGUGAAGCCGCGAUUCGAGGAACUCGGACCUUACCGCUUUACAGAGCGGAUGCAGAAGGUCGAUGUCCAGUGGCACGAUGAGAACUCAACGGUGUCCUACAAGCGUCGCAGUCGGUUCGAUUUCGUUCCGAAUCUCAGUGCUGGUCUUCCCUCAGAUCCCGUCGUGGCACCCAACCUGCUAAUCGUGGGCUUGUACCAGAAGAUGAUGCUCUGGAGUCCCAUGCUCCGAUCCCUCAUGAUGAUGGCCUUAAAUAUUUACGGCAAGGAGCAGACAAUGAUUCGGCCAGCUAGCGAUUGGAUGUUCGACGGAUUCGAUACGCCACUGAUCAAGAUGAGCAAAAUGGUUCCGCCUAGCCUCGUUCCGGAGAUGAAAUUUUCCUAUGAGAAGAUCGGCUAUGCAUAUCCACGCAACGGCAGCAUGGAAAUCUACGGCCAUCACAAUGUCUAUACAGGACGAGAUGAGUUUAGGAAACUGGGUCAAAUAGCUAGAUGGCGCUACAACAACGUCACAGAAGCCAGUCCCAGGUGCAAAUUGAAGGGUAGUGCCGGGGAGUUCCACCCAAUACCGCUGGUGAAAGGCAGACCCAUAUCCUACUUCCUGCCGGAUCUGUGCCGCGAGCUACAGGUGGACUAUUCUGGCACCACAUUAUUCGAAGGCGUCGAGGCAUUUGUGUACAAGGGAAGCGCGCGCAACAUGGCAAAUGGUACUGAAAACCCUGAUAACAGUUGCUAUUGUCAGGAGAACUGCCAGGAGGUGAGAUCUGGUCUCCUGAACAUAUCCUCCUGCUGGUAUGGGGCGCCAGUUUUUGCCUCCUAUCCGCACUUCUAUCAAGCCGAUCCCUUCUACGCAGAUCAGGUGGAGGGCAUGAAGCCCGACAAGGAUCGCCACGAGAUGGUCAUUAUGUUGGAGCCCAAAACCGGAAUGCUCCUGGAGAUCAAGGCCCGCAUUAUGGCGAAUUUGUUGGUCGAACCCAAAACCCAUUUAAUCUAUCGCAACGCGAGAAAGACAUUCUUCCCAUUGAUCUGGGCGGAUUAUAAUGUGCGCAUCACAGACGAUCUUCUGGCUUACGUAAAGUUAAUACCAAUCCUAGAAUUGGUGGGCAAGAUCUGUGGUAUUCUAGGCGUGGCUCUGGGCGUGCUUAUGGUCUUCUGGUAUCCCCACCAGCUUAUUUGGCAGAAAAGCCUGAUGCAGAAGAUCGAGAUCAAUGCCCUGGAGACGAGCAGAACGUCUGACACCAUUAAAAACAAGAGGGAACUGGUCUGCGGAUGCCUCAGUCGGCUAAAUCCCCGGGAUCUUCCCCGCUGGAGAUCGAGGAACCUCCUGUUCAUGAUGUUCCUGCUGAAUCCCCGGAAGAACCACCCCCGCUGGGAGAUGUUCCUGAUGUUAUUGAUGUUCCUGAGACCGAUCUAUCAGAGUUCAUUUCAUUGCAAGUUCCUUGUGAUGGAUCAUUAUACGUCGGAGCACCCAUCGGAGGAGCUCCAACCCAAUAUGAGCUGGCCCCACAUCUGGCAGCACCAGGAUGUGAGCACAAAGGGAUUCUAA